AAGAAUUUUUGUGAUGAUUGCAGUGCGUCUGUUCUGUUUUUCAUUCUGAAGACCGAAAUUUUGUUGAUGGUUUCUACGUUGUAGAUUGUGCGUUUAUGUCGGUGAAAUUAUUCUUUUGAUCCUGUGUGUGUGGAUUAAUCAUCUUUAGGCAGUCAAGAAAUAUUCCUUGUUUCAAUCCGCGAGUUUCUUUGCGAACGAAUCAUCAAGUUGGGUUUUCACCGCACUCAAACAUCAUCGAUUUAGAUUACUCGUGCAAAAAUGGUGAAGGAAGAAGAAAGUAACGAUCCUAUCAUCAAGAUGCGCGGCUUACCAUGGUCUGCCACCGUCGACGACAUCAUUAAAUUUUUGGAAGAGGCCAACAUCAAAGAUGGUAGACUUGGAGUUCAUAUCACGAUGUCUCGAGAAGGCCGACCUAGCGGCGAAGCUUUUGUUGAAUUGGAAACGAUGGAAGAUACCGAGAAAGCGCUUAAGAAGGAUAAGAAGAACAUGGGCCAUCGUUACAUAGAAAUUUUCAGGACGAGUCGUAAUGACAUGGAGUGGUACCUCGCUAGAAGUGGCUCGAACGUGGAGAAUGUUAUGGACGAAAGCUGUAUUCGAUUACGUGGAUUACCCUACGGGUGUACGAAAAACGACAUUGUGCAGUUUUUCUCAGGGUUGACGAUAGUGCCCAACGGGAUAUCCUUUGUCAGCGAUCAAACCGGGCGCAAUACCGGGGAGGCGUACGUUCAGUUCGUUAACAAAGACAUGGUAGAAAGCGCUCUGAAGAAACAUCUCGACAGAAUAGGACACAGGUACAUAGAAAUAUUCCGAAGUAGUUUGGCAGAAAUACGUGCUCAAACCGGUCCAAAAAUUCGUCCUUUGAUGUCUGAAAUGGUUCCUCGUCCAGCUCCGUACGAUCGAGGUGAUCGAUUCGGAGGUCCGAAUAGAAUGGGCAGAUCUGCGAUGGGAACCGGCGCCGGACCAGCGUCUGGACCACCUCCGCCAUCUCGUUUAAGAGACAAUUACGCCGAAGAAGGCGACGAAUGGGAUGACGAUGCAGGUGGUAAUUCAGGAGCAUGGGGCGGUGGUAUGAGAAAAAUGGGCCCUGCUCGAAAUAUGGGUCCUGGUCGAGAUAUGGGCGCUUCUCGAGAUAUGGGUCCAGGUCGUGAUAUGGGUCCUGGUCGAGAUAUGGGUCCUGGUCGUGAUAUGGGUCUUGGUCGAGAUAUGGGCCCUGGUCGAGAUAUGGGCCCUGGUCGUGAUAUGGGUCCUGGUCGAGAUAUGGGUCUUGGUCGAGAUAUGGGCCCGGGUCGAGAUAUGGGUCCUGGACGAGAUAUGGGUCCUAGUCGAGAAAUGGGCCCUGGUCGAGAUAUGGGCGCUUCUCAAGAUUUGGGUCCUGCUAGAGAUAUGGGAGCUUCUCGAGACACUUCCAUGUCGUCAUUCUCAUUAAAGAAUAGAAUCUCGCCGCCGCCUGCAGCUAGAGUUCGUAACAUGAUGUAUGGUAACGGUAAUAGCGGAGGUAAUACGAAUGUAUGGGACGAAGAAGCGCAAAGAUAUAUCGUGCAUAUGCGUGGAUUACCGUACAAAGCUACCGAACAAGAUAUUACGAAUUUCUUCCGACCCUUGGUUCCUGUUGAUAUUCAAUUCACGUACGAUCGAAGCGGUCGACCUUCCGGCGAAGCAAACGUUGACUUCGAAACCUACGAAGAUGCCAAUCGUGCUAUGAGCAAAGAUAAACAAAAUAUGAAUAAUCGUUACAUAGAAUUAUUCUUGAAAGCUACUCCUCCGUCGGUCAACAAACCGCCCAGUUUGGGUGACAGAAACUUAUCCGGAAGAAGCGUCGCCGGUGGAUACAAUGAUGAAAACCCACCCAGAAACUUAUUCGGAAGAAGCGCCGCCGGUGGAUACAAUGAAGAAAAUCCACCCAGAAACUUAUCCGGAAGAGGCGCCGCCGGUGGAUACAAUGAUGACAAUCCACCCAGAAACUUCUCCGGAAGAAGCGCCGCCGGUGGAUACAAUGAUGAAAAUCCACCCAGAAACUUACCCGGAAGAAACGCCGGUGGAUACAAUGAAGAAAAUCCGCCCGAGCUGUUCUCAAGACGAACUACCUCAUCUGGGCCAGCACCUGUGUCCAAUUCAGCAUACGAUGGAUUCUAUGGUACAUCUUUAUACAGGGCCGCAGCUAACGCCGGAGGAGGACAACGUUUCUAACAUGACAACGAAACGCUUUCAAAAUAAAAACCAAAACGUAGAAACCACUGUACAUAACUUACGAGUAUUCUGCAGCAGUAAUAACGAUCUAACUUAGCGUAAGGCAUUCAAUUCGUUAAACGUAGAGUAUCAAGGGGAAACUUUAUGCUUUUGUUGAUUGUAUGUAUUUUUUCCCCAAUCUAUAUUGUACUGUUCAUGCAUAAAUUAUAUCCCCGAUAGUCAAAAAACUUUCAGAACUUGUAAUUAGUUUCGUACAAUAUAGUUCGAGCAUUUUGACCAGUGACGGUUUCUCUUUAUUUUAUUAUUUUAAUUUGUACGUGUUUUUUGCCGUUUUUAUACAUAUUUUUCAUUCUUUUUUUGUUAUUUUUUUCCCCUACUAUUUUCUAUCUCACGUAAACAUACUCACUCGUUUAGAACGCAUUAUUUGAGUCGAUAUUUUGGAAUGUUCUACUAUAAGUUGUAGUCUGUAUAUUCUAUAUUAUUAUGUUUCAAUGUUGACGAAUAGUUUACAUUUUGUGUUGGACGUCAGCGUAUUAUUUUGUAUCGUCACGUACGUAUUUUUAUGAACAUGAUUGAGAUCAUUUUUGUAUUAAUUAUGUAAUUGAAAUAAAAAAUGAAGACUCAGCGAGAAAUUUAGAAAUUUAAGUUUUAAGAUAUUUGCUUUGUUGGUGAAGAAGUAGGCGGUGAAUUAUAAAGUUUCCGAAUUUAAGAACUCUUUUGUAAAAAUACUACUGUCAAGUGUCAUAUUGAUGAUUGAACAAAAAUAAAUUAUUAAACCAAUGUA